CACAGUAAUAAGUGCAAAUGCACGAAUGGUGACUCAGUGAGUAAGCGACCUUGAAUGCUACAAGGGAAGACAUUAUUGUCAAGAUCGUUGCAAGGUGGAUCAAGUGCAUACUCUGUUGUAUUUAUAUCAACGGAACAAGAAGUGGAUGCAGUUGUAAGUUUUUUGCAGAUUAUAAUGGGUGAGAAGACUCCAGUAUCCAAAAACAAUGACUGUUAUUUCUACUAUUAUUCAUCAUGUUCCAAGGGUGAUGCCUGUCCUUUCCGCCAUGAACCAUCUGCUCUCCGCAAUGAGACCAUGUGCUAUUAUUGGAAGCUUGGCAAUUGUAACAAAGCAAACUGCUUCUACAGACACAUGGAGAUUACUAAAAAACGAGAUAGAAUAGCAUGCUAUUUUGAGAGCCAGCCUGGGGGCUGCAAGAAACCACACUGUCCCUUCCAACACCAAAAUAUUUUGGAUCAUCCUCGGGAAGAAGACAUUAAGAAAAUGCCAGACUGUGAGUCAGACUCAGAGAGUGUCUCAGGCACUCCUCAAAAGAGAAGGGAUCCUGAUCCCAGAUUGAGUGCAGAAUUGGAAUGGGAGCUGCGAAGACUCAGACAGAUACAAGAACAUGAAGCUAACCUAAUAGGUUACACUUUUGAAGAUGAUGAAGAAAAUCAGGACCAAAUGGAGGAGGAGGUUAUUGCAGAAAAUGAAGAGGAAACUGAGGAGGUACGUGUUAAAGCACUUCUUGUGACAUUAUUAGAACCUUUUAAAUAUUUUUUCCUUCCUCUCUUCUUCAUCUGCCUGUUUUUCUUCCUAACUUGGUGCUGCCAAGAACAUGUAAUGUGAUAUUGUUUUAUGAAA